AUGGGAGCCCAGGCCUCACGACCGGAUGGCGAAGCACCAGCAUCGACCGCAAAGGAAUCAGAGACAAACACACCGCGAGAGGUAGAGAUUGAAGACGACGAUGAGCCGGACGAUUGGGACAAGCGGAUAUUCAGCACCGGAUGCGCAGACGAGAACGCGAAGAUGACGGACUGCUACUUUGAGAAGAAGGACUGGCGGGCGUGUACUGCCGAGAUGGAGGCAUUCAAGCAGUGCUGGAAGCGCCACGGCAACGACGAGCGCACUGCUACCAGGGACGCCUAG